AUGUCUACCCACCCCCGGCUUCUUUCCUUCCUUCUCUUCUUCCUCCGCAUCCACCUCCUCUUUCUUGCAUCCCCUCCUCCUCCUCCUUCCCAUUGCGCUGCUUUUGUCUCUGCUUUAGUCGCCACUACUUCUGAAACAAACGCUUUGGUGGCAUGGAAGGCGAGUCUUGACAAUCACAGCCAAUCUAUUUUGUCCUCUUGGGUUGGAACCAACCCUUGCAAUCGAUGGAUUGGAAUUAGGUGUCACAAGUCCAUAAGGAGCAUUGCAUAUGUAAACCUCACGGGCCUUGCUUUGAGAGGUACGCUCCAUAGUUUUAAUUUCUCGUCCUUCCAACACCUCCAAAAGCUUGAUCUUAGUGACAACUCCCUCUUCGAAAACAUUCCCUCCAAUCUAGAAAUGCUUAAGUCUCUCAAUGUCCUUGAUUUGUCAGUUAACAAGCUCACAGGGCCAAUCCCAACUACUAUAGAAGACUUGGGCAACUUGACCACCCUGUACCUUCAUCGUAACAUGCUUUUUGGAUCUAUUCCUCGAGAGAUAGGAAUGCUUAUGUCUCUCAAUCACCUAGACUUGUCAAGUAACAAGCUCACAGGGCCAAUCCCAACUACUAUAGGAGACUUGGGCAACUUGACCACCUUGUAUCUUGAUGAUAACAUGCUUUCUGGAUCUAUUCCUCGAGAGAUAGGAAUGCUUAAGUCUCUUAAUGACCUUGAAUUGUCAGGUAACAUCCUCACAGGGCCAAUCCCAACUACUAUAGGAGACUUGCGCAACUUGACCACCCUUUACCUUUAUGACAACAUGCUUUCUGGAUCUAUUCCUCGAGAGAUAGGAAUGCUUAAGUCUCUCAAUAAACUUGACUUGUCAGGGCCAAUCCCAACUACUAUAGGAGACUUGCGCAACUUGACCACCUUGUAUCUUGAUGAUAACAUGCUUUCUGGAUCUAUUCCUCGAGAGAUAGGAAUGCUUAAGUCUCUCAAUAAACUUGAAUUGUCAGGUAACAACCUCACAGGGCCAAUCCCAACUACUAUAGGAGACUUGCGCAACUUAACCACCCUUUACCUUUAUGACAACAUGCUUUCUGGAUCUAUUCCUCGAGAGAUAGGAAUGCUUAAGUCUCUCAAUAAACUUGACUUGUCAGGUAACAACCUCACAGGGCCAAUCCCAACUACUAUAGGAGACUUGCGCAACUUGACCACCUUGUAUCUUGAUGAUAACAUGCUUUCUGGAUCUAUUCCUCGAGAGGUAGGAAUGCUUAAGUCUCUCAAUGACCUUGAAUUGCCAAGUAACAACCUCACAGGGCCAAUCCCAACUACUAUAGGAGACUUGGGCAACUUGACCACCCUGUACCUUUAUGACAACAUGCUUUAUGGAUCUAUUCCUCGAGAGAUAGGAAUGCUUAAGUCUCUCAAUGACCUUGAAUUGUCAGGUAACAACCUCACAGGGCCAAUCCCAACUACUAUUGGAGACUUGCGCAACUUGACCACCCUUUACCUUUAUGACAACAUGCUUUCUGGAUCUAUUCCUCGAGAGAUAGGAAUGCUUAAGUCUCUCAAUAAACUUGAAUUGUCAGGUAACAUCCUCACAGGGCCAAUCCCAACUACUAUAGGAGACUUGCGCAACUUGACCACCCUUUACCUUUAUGACAACAUGCUUUCUGGAUCUAUUCCUCGAGAGAUAGGAAUGCUUAAGUCUCUCAAUAAACUUGAAUUGUCAGGUAACAACCUCACAGGGCCAAUCCCAACUACUAUAGGAGACUUGCGCAACUUGACCACCUUGUAUCUUGAUGAUAACAUGCUUUCUGGAUCUAUUCCUCGAGAGGUAGGAAUGCUUAAGUCUCUUAAUGACCUUGAAUUGUCAGGUAACAUCCUCACAGGGCCAAUCCCAACUACUAUAGGAAACUUGCGCAACUUGACCAGCCUGAGCCUUAAUGACAACAACCUCACGGGGGCCAUUCCAACUGCAAUUGGAAAUUUUACUAAGCUCACCUCCCUAUCACUAUAUAAUAAUCUAUUAUCUGGCCUACUCCCUCUAGAAAUAGGGAAAUUGAAGUCUCUUCGAGAGUUACGCUUGUUUGCAAACAAAUUUUAUGGCUCUAUUCCUCGAGAGAUGAAUAAUCUUACACAUUUGAGGGUAGUGGAGUUAGGUGAUAACAAAUUUGUCGGCCAUUUUCCAGAAAAUACAUGCCUUGGGGGUUUGCUUGUGAAGUUUGUUAUAAAAGGUAACCAUUUCAGGGGUUCCAUUGCAAAAAUCUUAAGGAAUUGUACUACCCUAGUUAGGGUUAGACUUGAUACGAAUCAGUUCACUGGAAACAUAUCAGAACAUUUUGGCAUAUACCCAAAUUUAAAUUAUAUUGAUUUGAGCAACAAUAAAUUCUAUGGCGAGCUUUCUCAUAAGUGGGGGCAAUGCUAUAGAAUGACGGCCCUAAAACUCUCCAACAAUAAAAUUUCAGGUGAGAUUCCUCCUGAACUUGGCGAAGCUACAAAACUACAAGUGCUUGACCUCUCCUCAAAUAACCUUGUUGGGAAGAUCCCAAAGGAACUUGGGAGAUUGACAUCAAUGUUAGACCUUUUUCUAGACAACAACAAGCUUUCAGGCACUAUUCCAUCAGAAAUUCUAAUGCUUUCAAGUCUAGAACGUCUUAGCAUGGCAUCAAAUAAUCUAAGUGGCUUAAUUCCCAAAGAAAUAGGGGAAUCUCCAAGAUUGUGGAUGUUGAAUAUGUCUAAUAACAGAUUUGAAGGAACUUUGCCAUUUCAAAUUGGCAAGUUAAAAUCUCUGCAAUUUCUCGAUCUAAGCAUGAAUUUGUUGGUUGGAAAGAUACCACAACAGGUUGGCGAAUUGAAGAUGUUGGAAACAUUGAAUCUCUCCCACAAUGGAUUCUCUGGUUCAAUUCCAUCCACCUUUGAUAAUCUCAUUGCUUUGACAUCUGUCGACGUAUCCUACAAUAAGCACUUAGAGGGCCCUAUUCCUACAACCAAUCCCUUUCAAAUUGCUCAAAUUGAUUCCUACAGAAACACAAGCUUAUGUGGCCGUGUCCUAGGUUUGGAGGCUUGUCCCUCUACGAUGAGCCACAUUUCUCAUGAAAAAAAGGGAAACAAAAUCAUGAUCUUGACAGUAGUUUCCUUCCAAAGAAAAGAAAAUGGAUAA